AUACUAUACCACUUAGUCAAGCGCAAAUAGAAAUUAUAAAUAAUAUAAAUGAAUUAAGAAUACCUGAACCACAAAAGUUGACGUUAUCGGCUUUAAAAUGUAAAAAAUGCAGACGAACAAUAAUGUCGACAGAAGAUUUCGUUGAUCAUAAUAAAGGAAAAGGUCAAACGGCAUUUGCAUUUAAAAAACGUGAUUCGUCAUCUUCAAUUAAAUGUUCUUCGUAUUUCGUUGAACCAUUGGAUUGGAUAUUGAACGAAGUACAAGAAGGUGAAUUAGAAGGAAAAAUAAAAUGUCCAAAAUGUCAGGCUAAAUUAGGAAACUUUAGUUGGGCUGGAAUGCAAUGUUCUUGUGGCUCAUGGGUAACUCCUUCAUUUGCUAUUCAUCGCGAAAAGGUUGAUGAAGUUUUAACAUGA